ACCAGUUGGUAUCGGUAUUUUUAAAUUAAUUAUUUUCGUAAUAUUUUAUGUGUGAGAAUAGGAACGAGGCAAACAGAUAUUUUCGGAAACACGUGAAUGUUGAUAGUUGCUGUUGAAGAAUGCCCUCUGCCUCUACAAAAACGGAUAAUCCGUCCUGCCCGGAGCCCACAGACCCCUUCAAGCGGGUUCUCAACGUUGUAGACAAAAAAGUCCGCAAUCUUGAGAAAAGAAAGGUGAAGCUUGAUGCUUACAGGCAGAAGCAAGAUUCUGGGGCAACUUUGGAAAAAGACCAACUGGUUGCAGUGGAGAAGUAUGGAGAGGUUGUCACAAAUCUUGAGUUUGCACGGGACCUCCAGAAGCAAUUUUCUUCAAUCAAUUCUGAUGCUGAGAAGCUGCUUAAGAAGCAGGCAAAGCGUGGCAAGUCGGAGAAGCAGAUGCAAGAGCUGAAGCGGAUUCGUGAGGUGUUACAACUGCAAGGUCUGCUUGACAGCAUGGGCACAGACGUGGUCCGCCAGGACUUCAAAACUGGCAAGCAUGGAGCCAUUGUGCUGACAGAGGAGAACCUUGAGCAGAUAGACGAGCUGUACAAGCUGGUGAGUCCCGUACGUGGUGGUGAUACGGACUACCUUGAGUCACUCUCCGAGGCCUCAGAACACAUUGUCAACCUCCUUGACGCCAAGGAUAAACCCAUUGGCGGAUCUACUUACAAGACGCUGAAGGAGCUGUUAGACUUGAUAUCCCAGUGUGGCUACUUUGAGCAUGUGAGUCAGGAGGAAGGCGAGAAGGAAGACUUUGAGCUGGUGCAGCACGAGGAUGUGCCUGCCCCAGACUCUGAGGAGGUUCAGUCCUCGCUGCCCCCAGAUGUCAGUGAGGAGGAGGAGGAGGAACUAGAGAUGCAGCCGUCCAAGGUGGUCAUGACAACAGCGGAAGCUGAUGCAUUUUUCCAUACACCUGUCCCUGCUCACGCUGUGAAUCAGCAGGAAGUUGCAGCAGUAUUUUCUCAGCAGCAACAACAGCAAGCAAGGCGUCCUUUCCAGGAAAUUGUGUCAUCUGUUCAGGGAAACUUUAACUUUUUGCAAGAGUCCACCAUUGAAAUGGAAGCCAAACAUAGAGAAUUCUCCCCCCAUAUGGACCCAGCUGUUGUAGCAGCCCACCCGAUGCCUACCACUGGCUACAAACCAUCCUACUCCGAACAAUCAGCAUACAGCGACCAGAUCAUCACAUCCUCAGCUGUUGAACAAAGUGUAUAUUCCCAGGCUCAGCACGCACAAAAAACAUUUACUAACUCUGGUUAUGCAUUACAAAGUGACAAUUUGUUUGCUGGAAGUGAUUCAGGAUUAUUGGGUAACAAAGUGACCUCGGAGAGCGGAACACUGUCCCACACAAAGUACGAUAUUCCACCUCAGUUGCCUAUGCCACCUGGUCAUGAGCAAUCCUCACAAGAGAGCAGUUCAGACCUUGACAAGAAGUCGUUCCAGAUGAACCCCAACGCCACAGAGUUCCAGCUGGGCUACAGCCAACAGGGUGAUGAUGACCUUGAAGAAUCCAAUAACACAUCUGAUGAUGGUUUCCAAGGUGUCACAUAUACCAACACUGGCUUCAGUCGAGAUCAGCGGAGGGAUGGCGGUGGUAGGGGAGGUUUCCGGGGAGGUCGUGGUGGCAACCGUGGAAAUAUGAGCAACGGCUAUAGCAGGGGUGGGAGAGGCAACUACCAAGGUUACCAGCAGAGAAGUGACUACAACCGAGGGGGCUCCGAAGGUCACCGAGGGGGCUCUGAAGGUUACCCCAGUUACAACAAUGGUAGCAGUGGUAGCUACAACAAUGGAGGAGGGUUUCAGAAGAGAGGGGGAGAGGGUGGCCGCGGUGGUGGCCCCAGGGGCGGAAGCAGGGGAGGAGGACCCCGGGGAGGAGGGUUCAACCGAGGCAUGGGCAGCGCCAGGGGCACAGGCAGAGGGGGCACUCAGGGGUUUGGACGGCCAAACUUCAACCAGCAGCAACCGUAACUCACAGCUCAGAAUCCAUCUCAACAACAGACUGCCAAACAGACUCAAACUAUGGACUCGGAACAUAGUGUUUCUUGUUAGCUUCUGUAAUCGCCCGUCUAUAAAUCUGUGAUUUAUUUCAGUUAUUCCAUUUUUACACUGAAGUUCUUUCAGUUUAUGUCUAAGGAUGUUGCAAUUCUGGCAGCUUGCAGUUGUUCUUUUUACUAAUCAAAAGUGUGCGGGUACUUGUGGAUUUUGUUUCUGUAUUUCUUUUGGGCCAAGUAGCCAAUUUCACCUGCAUUGGUAGUCUGUUCAAAUAACAUCAUUUUCUGAGCGACAUAUGAAUGCAACGUUCAAAAUGAACAAUUUUGUAGUAAGCACUUUUUGAGACAUUUAGAAAGUGUUUAUGACACGGAACCUUACAAAUACCAGACUGUUCAUGGGCAGAUUCCUGGGCCCAAGGGUAGUUUUCUGAACGGUUCCUAUUUCUUGGCUUCAGUUUUGUAGACGUGAAGAGCAUUUUCAGCAGCAAUUAACAGACUUAAUGAAGUGAGCAAGUAACAUGCUGUAUAAUGGUACGAGGGCCAAGUAUACCAUGUUAUUUAUUGUGAAUCAUUCAUCAUCCAUUCAUAAGAAACUCAUCAUAUUUCUGACUUUGAACUUUCUGGUAUUUGCAUGCUUUUUGUCUAUCACAUUGGGAAAUGGAGUGGGAAAUAAGCUUAAUUUAUUUCAGUAUUACAUAAUAAUAGAUUUGAAAUGCAGCAAAUGUUGUAUAAAAUAAUUAUCGUAAUUGUAAUAAACUUAAAUGGAAGUAUUUAUCAAAUGCUUGCAGUUUUUUAUUCAGCAUGUCACAUCUAUCAAAUAAAACGUGAUGACAAAGUUGAA